AUGGCCAUUGAUAUUUGUGCUGAUCAUCCUAGUGCUUUUUGGAAUCGGAAAAAGCAUAUUGUAACUCUUCCAUAUGAAGAUGAUUUCUCUGAAGAAAAUAUCCCUACCAAAUCACGUCCUUGUCAGAUGAAUACCGAAUUGGUCGAAUUCUGCAAAAAGGAAAUUGAUAAUUUUUUGCAAAAGGGUUUAAUAAAAUCUUCCAAGUCACCCUGGUCUUGUACUGCAUUUUAUGUUAAUAACGCAGCAGAAAAAGAACGAGGCGUUCCCAGAAUGGAUCCUCCUUGGAUAACCAAGGCUAGAGGAAGGGGUAGUUAUACUCGCGGAAGGGGAAGAUUAUCCUCCUCAAAAACAUCAGAAUCGUCAUACGGAUCAUCAUCUAGCUCUCCAAUUAUACAAAGGGGAGGAAUGAGCUUGGUAAAACUAACAAGUUCUUCAAGAGAAGCUACUUCUUCGAUACAUCUGGAUGAUAUUCCAGAGAAUAAUCCAUUAUACGCCUAA